AUGGGCUUUAUUUACUUUUACGUCAUUAUCAGCAUCAUCUUUUAUGAUGGGACUACUUUUACUGUUGUCAACGACUGUGGCUUCACUGUUUGGCCUGUUAUCUCAGGUGGCCUUUAUUAUCUCAAUAUCACCGGAUUCGAGCUUAAAAAGGGUACAACCCACUCCUUUCAAGUUUCCACAAACUGGGAGGGUAGCAUCUGGGGUAGAACAGGUUUUACCUUCAAUGGAUCUGGUAGUGGCUCCUGUGCCACUGGUGAUUGUGGUUCCAGUAAAAUGGAGUGCAAUGGAACAACAUUCCCUACACAACUGGUUAGUGUUGCAUAUUUCAAUAUGGGAAGCUACCAUGCGUCUUAUAAUGUUAGCAUCAUCAUCAGGUACAACUUACCGAUGACCAUAGAGCCGACUGGCGAUUGCUUGAAGACAGGUUGUGCUAAUGAUCUGAAUGAACGUUGCCCACAGGAGCUGAUGUUUAAGGGUGGAGAAGGGUGUCAGAGUGCUUGCCAGGUCUUUCCCUCGCAGUACCACUGCUGUGAGGGCUCAUGCAACACGACAUCAUAUGGUCGGUUGUUCCAUUUGGCAUGCCCAAAUUCCGUUGCCUAUGAGUAUUAUAGAGAGGAUUAUUAUUGUGAGGGUAGUGAUUACACUGUCAGGUUUUGUCCCCAAGCAGACAUGUUUUCAACAAUAAAGCUUGGUGGCUCACUCAAGUUUGACGACCAGCUUGUUUCCAUUGAUGGAAGAUUCACGUUGGGGUUCUUCAACAAAAAUUACACUUGCUUGGGAAUUUGGUACACCAAUGACAUAGAAUCCAGAAAAGUAUGGGUUGCCAAUCCUAAUAAACCAAUCUCAGGCUACAAUGCGCUCUCCAUUGACCCCAACACCUGA